UACAAGAACUAUUGAACUGGACCAACUGGUGAAGGGAGAGAUGGAUGAAUGGUUAGAUGGGGAGAGAGAGUAGAGUGAUGCAACCUAGAGUCGAUAGGACUGGAUUGAACUCGGGAGCUGUUGCUGAUGUUUGAAUUGGAUGGUUUGAUGGAGGGAGAGGGCUUGGGGUAGAAGGUAGAAUAUGCACGUGACAAACUCAACUGAAAGCAAUAAAGGCGGUGUCAAAAAUAUCCGAAAGUAGUAGGCGGUAUAGAAAUAAAAUAUGCAAAAUAUGUGGUGGAAGGGAAGGGUCAAAACUCAAUAAACUCAACCAUAAAAUAAUAUUCAUAGUUGACGUCACACGAUUGAUAAGAAUGCCCCCAUCACGUACUCCUACUGUCAACUAUCAAGAUCACUUUGGAAUCGAUAAUACUGGCAGACGGAGGGGUAUUCGUCCAAUUGAUCAUAACCAUGUCACUCCAGUCCCAGCAUCUCUUUCCUUAGGCGGAGAUGCACAAGAUGAAUUCGAUUCGACCGGCACAGAAAUUUUAAGUGAAGCAGAAGCAGAAGCAGAAGCAGAAGCAGAAGAUGAAGAGGAAGAUGAAGAGGAAGGGGAAGGCGAAGAUGAAUCUGAAGCGGAUGAUGCACUUGGGGAAAUGGAAAAUGGAGAUGAGGAUGAGGAUAUAGACUUGGAGGAAGUUCCAGCUGAAGGUUUGUCUCAAUUCUUGUCUAUCGCUCUUACUUUCAAUCUUUCUACAACAACAGGGCAAGAGCGCAAGAACGCAAGUACGCAAGAACGUAAAGGAAAGAGCAACCAUAAUCAUGACCACAAUCACAACCACAAGCAAUGUCACAAUCACAAUCUUCAUUUUUCCCUCACAAUGUCUGCUCGAACUUCUUUCACUCCAAUUGCUCGUCAACUCGUGCCUGGUCAACCACCAGUACACGUUACAGCGCGGCAGCUUGAUUGUACUUGAUUUCCUGUUUCAAAAUAAAUGCUCUUCACCAUCCACUUUAUAUCAUCCAUCUAACUUUCUUCCUAUCUAGUCGCCAUGGACAAUACGCUGCCAUUUGACCCUGCCGCACUCGGGUUGAAGGAGAUUGGGAACUUAGCCAGCUGGACUGUUUCUAGUAGUAAACCUGGUUGCGGUGUUCUUGCGCUCAGAGACGACGACACCAAUCUGUUUUGGCAGUAAGGACUUUGUGAUCUUCUUAACUUCACCAUCUCUUAUCUAAUGCGCACAAAGUUAUGGGACAUUCACUAACAUGCUCUGCUGCAGAUCCGACGGACCUCAACCCCACUAUCUGAAUAUUCACUUUGCCAAAUUCGCAAAGAUCCGUGCCAUUCGCAUCUUUCUGGAUUUCGAAGCCGAUGAGUCCUAUACACCGACGCGUAUACAACUGCUUGGAGGCACAGGCUACCAUGACCUAAUUCCAUUCUCUGAGCUAUCGUUUGUUCAACCAAAGGGCUGGAUCGAUGUUAAUCUUGACCAUGUGGGAGGAGGCUCAGAUGGCAAGACACUUCGCGCAUUCAUUAUACAAGUCAAGGUGUUGGAGAAUCAUCAAAAUGGUAAGGAUACACAUGUUCGUGGGCUGAAAAUUUAUUCUCACGAUGAACGACAUGAAUCUCCCCCUCCAUCGUAUUUUGAUGAAGAAGAUGGUGACUCUUGCUCUUCAAUCGAUCCUAACGACUUCAGAGGACCUGACGAUGAUCUCAAAGGCGGAGAUGCAGGUGGUGAUGAUGAUCAUUUCUGGAAGGAUUUUACACAUGCUAGAAUGGGUGGAAUUAAAAUGCCAGAUCUAAGUGGUUUGAGUGAACCUGGAUUCAUGUCCGAGCCAGAAUUGCGGUAAAUAAAUUACGAUCACCUGGUGAUAUUUUGGGAGUUGUAGGGAGUUCUUAAGAUACCCUGGGUUUAUAUAACGGUACUGAAUAAUGACUUUAUGAUAAGAAGAGCAAAUUUCUCGACUCUAGAGUAUCGUGCUCUAUCUGAUGGAAAUCCUUCGAAAGUUUGAGGGGCUUGAAGUCGGACUCUACACGGCGGCCGCAGCAUGUUCUUUCAAGAGUGUAUGCACAUCUUUUCUGAUGGUCAAUUGUGAUUUUCCAGUGAGAUUCCAUCUAACUAUGUUCAUGCUUGUGGAGAACAACUAUCUACCAUACCUUUCUUGUCAACUCCUCAUCGCUCGGCUUACUCAUAUCGUUUUUUGACA